AUGAAGUUCCUCAAGGUCGGCCGAGUCGCCAUCAUCACCCGAGGCCGAUAUGCCGGCAAGAAGGUCGUCAUCAUCCAGCCCGUCGACAGCGGCAACAAGCCUCACCCCUUCGGCCACGCCAUCGUCGCCGGCAUCGAGCGCUACCCCUCAAAGAUCACCCGCCGCAUGUCCAAGACCCGCCAGGAGAAGCGCUCCAAGGUCAAGCCCUUCAUCGAGGGCAUCAAGGGCACCAUCUCCGCAGACACCUUCAAGGAGGUCAGCCAGCGGGAGGACGCCAAGAAGACGGUCAAGAAGGUGCUCGAGGAGCGAUACACCAGCGGCAAGAACCGAUGGUUCUUUACCCCUCUGAGAUUCUAA